AUGAUGCGAUUGCUCAACAUGGUGGGCGCGCGAGUCCGUAGGGCAGCAGAGGAGGAAAGCAGGGAGCCCCCACCUCCCCCGCCUCCCUCACAUCAUUCCAACCAUCAAUUUGAAAGCAUGAAGAACAAGUUCUUCAAUGAACUCACUCACUUGCCCAACCAUAAACUCAAUCUGCCUAUGUGGGCAGUGGGUGCCAUUGUGGUGGUUGUCCUGGCCCUCAUUGCAUGCAUGGGAUUUUGCAUCUAUAAAAAGUGCUUCAACAAAGGUAAGAAGCCCAAGAAGGUCAGAGAAAGGAAAGCUGGCCGAGGACGUAAGAAAAAGGAAACGGAAGGAGAGGAGGGUGAUGAAAAGAAGGAAGGAGAGGAAGGUAAAGAAGAGGAGGAAAAAGAAAAUUUUGGCAAACUGGAGUACACGUUGGACUACAAUUUCACUGAUAACCAGCUGAUAGUAGGCAUCCUGCAGGCUCAGGAUCUGGCAGCCAUGGACAUGGGCGGGACUUCGGACCCGUACGUUAAGGUAUACAUGCUGCCGGACAAGAAGAAAAAGUUUGAAACUAAAGUCCAGCGCAAGAACCUCUGUCCGGUUUUCAAUGAGACCUUCAUCUUCAAGAUACCCUACACAGAGUUGGGUGGUCAGACACUCGUGCUUCAAGUUUUUGACUUUGACCGCUUUGGCAAACAUGAUGUCAUUGGUGAGAUCAAAAUUCCCAUGAACACCGUGGAUCUCGGGCAGCCCAUACACGAAUGGAAGGAUUUGAUUGGAGGAGAAAAAGAAGAGCAAGAGAAACUAGGAGACAUCUGCAUUUCACUACGCUACGUUCCCACUGCUGGCAAGCUAACUGUAAACGUCAUGGAAGCAAAGAACUUGAAAAAGAUGGAUGUUGGCGGGUUGUCCGAUCCCUUUGUUAAAGUGGUCCUGCAGCACAACGGGAAACGCCUGAAGAAGAAGAAGACGUCAGUUAAACAAAACACACUAAAUCCGUACUUCAAUGAGAGCUUUAGUUUUGAGAUUCCCUUCUCUCAGAUUCAGAAAGUUCAGGUGAUUAUCACAGUGUACGACUACGACAAACUGGGAAGUAACGACCCCAUCGGCAAGUGCUGGAUUGGUUACGGCGCCUCAGGCGUCGGUCUGCGCCACUGGUCUGACAUGUUAGCCAAUCCGCGACGUCCGGUAGCUCAGUGGCACGUACUGCAACCGGAGGAGGAGGUCGAUGCUGCUCUCAAAGCUCCCAUUCGCUAA